UUGCAGUUAGACCUUGAGCCGCACGGGCAACUGCACGUGGCAAUCGAACUACAUGGCUCAAUUGCUGAAGAAUCGCACCAUGACGAGCACACUGCGGCAUUCAACCAAGAACACCGACGUAAUGCCAUGGGAAGGAAGAUCCAUGAGGUUGUUGGUCACAAUUUCAUAGCAUCUCUCUUGCAUCAGCCUUCCUUUUGUGCCCAUUGUAAAGGGUUUAUCUGGGGUUGCGGCAAACAAGGAUAUCAGUGUCAAAUCUGCAACGUUGUAGUGCAUAAACGAUGUCAUCAUGAAGUGGUGUGGAAAUGCCCUGGCAACAAAACCGUUCAAGAGAUCAUUGAGGAGCCAGGAAUGGGUCGGUUCAACAUCAACAUGCCUCAUCGCUUCUCCGUUCAUUCGUACAUGCGCCCAACAUUCUGCAAUCAUUGCGGAUCCUUGCUCUACGGCCUGGUUAGCCAGGGGCUACAUUGUUCCUUCUGCAACCUUAACGUACAUAAAAGGUGUCAGCGAAACGUUGCGAAUAACUGCGGCAUCAACCCUAAGCAGAUGGCGGCCGUGCUAGCACAGUUGGGACUCACUGGGGACAGAGUAGUUGCGCGCAGUAAGAAUGAGGUUUCUUUUUUUUCCCUUUUUUUUCCAGCGGCGUUCUGCUGGAGUUUAAUAUAUGUCUGUGUAGUCUCGAUAUAUCUCAGGGAUAGUAGUUGUGUUGCGAUUGCUUAA